AUGUGGCGCACGGGACUGGAAACGCGGACGGGACACGCUGGCUACUGCCACCUACCGCCAGCUCCUUCAGCAACUCUGGCUGUGGGAGACAACGACGACGACUGCGACGACGAGGAGGAGUGCGUACGUGUCAGCAAUUUGACAGACAUUCAUCAAGCCGCAUGGCAAAUGCUUCUGCGCCGGCGCAACGUCUACUACUGCUGCUCCUCCUCCACCUCCUCCCCCCUGCUACUGCUGCGGACCCAGCUGUAUCAGCGCCUGUCACUGCGCGCCUGUCGCAUGCUCAAUCAUUGGCGAGUUCCAGUCAGAGUCCCCAACUUGCAUUCUGCUUUUGAAGCCGUGGCGCCACGAAGUAAGUUUACAAACGUCAGCUACGAACACAAUAGCGAAUACUUUCCGAGAAUGAAGAGUUGGCUGACAGCCGAGGGCUACCUGAAUGUGGGAUGUCUAUAUAGACCGAUCCCUCCCGCUAGCGCGUCCAUAACUGUGCAGUUCCAGAUUGAGAACUCUAAGAACUACCACACUCUGUUUAACUACGAUGUAGACACCUGUCAGUCAGUCAAGAGUCACACGGUGAGCAGCCUGCCCAGCCUCUGGUUUCGCAAUGUACGCAAGUACGGAAAUCUAUCUACCAUCGGUCCCAUGAAAGUCGGAUACUACGACCUGCGCAAUUUUCAUUUAGAGGACAACAGCAUUCCUGUCUACCUACGCCCGGGCAACUAACGCGUAAAAGACACAAACUACUAUGGGAAAAGCAAUGCCAAGAUCCAGCAGUGUCGCCUCGUCUUCACUAUCAUUUUGCAAAUGCAGUUAUAUUAAAGUUGUCCU